ACUUCUCCUGUGUGGGAGAUUACAGGUGCAGAGUUUAGUCAAUCUACAACUCAUACUGCAGCAGGGAUCUCAAUUCGCUUUCCUAGAGUUACUAAGGUUCGUUCAGAUAAAGACUGGAAAAGUGCUACUAAUUUAAGUCAACUUCAGAAGUUAUACAAUGAAUCAAAGAAAACUACAGAUAGGUCAAAAACACAAUGGUUAAAUGGAAUGAGGUUUGGUUGGAAAAGCUUGAUAAAAAUCUAGUUAAAAUUAAACUAUGGGCUGAGAAAAAAAACUCUGAUUAUGCAUUCUGUAAACUCUGAUUAUGCAUCUGUAAACUCUGAUUAUGCAUUCUGCAAACUUUGUUUUAGUGAUUUGAAAUACAGUUUAGUUGGUUUUCAAGCUCUUUAUCAGCAUUCUACUAAACCUAAACAUAAAUUAGUUUCUGAUAUUAGAUUUUCUAAAACAGCUCGUCAUUUAUAUAUAGAUUCCAAUAAAAACUCUAUUGGGAGAGAGAAAGUAGUACAGUUAGAGUAUUCUAUAAAUGAUAAAAUUUCAGCUGCAGAAGCUAUGUGGCUGUUUAAAGUAGCUGAAAAUGAUCUUGCUUUAAGACAUUGUGAUAAUACAUCAUUGUUAUUUCAAAGAAUGUUUCCAGAUAGUAUAGUAAGUCAAGGUUUUAGUAUGAGUAGACAAAAAUCUUCAUAUAUAUUUCAAGAUGGCCUUGGACCAUUGUUGGAGAAACGCCUGUGUACUAGUAUAACAAAAAGUCAAGGUGCUUUUACUUUAAUGUUUGAUGAAACAACUACAGCACAACAAAAAAAACAAAUGGAUCUUUUAUGUUGUUUUUGGUCAGAAGAGGAGAACCAAGUUGUGACAAAAUAUUUGACAUCGCUUUUCUUUGGCAGAGCAACAGCAGAAGAUGUCAAAAAAAUGCUUGCAGAUUUACGUUAUACUGAAAGAUUUGAUUUACCAUGGGAUCGACUUUUUAAUAUUUCAGCUGAUGGUCCUAAUAUUAACAAGGCCAUUUGGAAGUUAUUAAAUGCUGAACUUCAUAGUGAUGGCUUUAAUGGCUUAUUACCAUUUGUAAGUUGCACUUUGCACACAGUGCAUAAUGCAUUUCGAAAAGCAAUUAUAGUUUUAGGUGAAGAUGCUGAGCAGCUUGCAUUUGAUUUGCAUGCUUGGUUUAAGAAUGCACCCUGCAAAAUAGAGGAUUUCAAAAUAUUAGCUGAUUGCAUUUUUAUUGAAGAUGAAACAUUGUUUCUUCGUUUUAUAAAUACUAGAUGGCUUACUUUUUCUGCUACACUUGUAAAAGUUCUAUUAAGAUGGGAAGAUACUAAGAAAUAUUUUUUGGAGUAUAUUCCAAAGCAAAAAGAAUAUAAAAAGACUCUGACAAACAACAAGCGUUAUGUUAGGAUUCAGAGAUCUCUUAAAGAAAAUGAAAAUGAGUUACUUGUGUCCAUCAAAUUCCUUAUUCCCUUGUUUGAAAAAUGCUUGACCAUAUUCCAAGAUGAAGGACCAUUUGUUCAUAUUUUAUUUUAUAAAAUGAAAGAUCUUUUAAUAUCAUUGAUGAUGCAUUUUCUUAAACCUUCUGCUGUUAAUGGUAAACUUUCCAAAGAUCUUUUAAAAAUUGAUUCUUCUGAUUCAACUAUCCACCUUGAUUUAAAUAAAAUGGAUUUUGGCGAGGAGGCUGAAAACCAAGUGAAAAAAAUUUCAUGUGAAAAAAAAAGAAGUUUCUACUUACAGCAAAUGAGAGAUGGUUAUAUAUCCAUUGUAAAACACUUACAAAAAAAACUUUCGCUUCAUUCGCAGGUAUUAAAAGAUUUGACUUGUUUGGGUGCUCAAAUGAGAUCAGAACCUUGGACUGUUAAUGCAAUUGGACGAUUAGCAGUUAUGAUGCCACAUGUGAUAAAGGAAAGAGAGGUAUCAUUUGUGAAAGAUGAAUGGAAAUUGUAUCAAGCAGCUAAUAUCUCAAAAGACUGGUUUUUAGAUUCUGAUACAAAAAAAUUAAAAAGAAUUGACUACUACUGGGCUAAAGUUUUUAAAAGUGACAAGGAAUAUGGAAAAACUAAGUAUGUAUAUCUCAGUAAAGUUGUUAAGAGCUGUUUAACUAUUCAAAAUGGAAAUGCUAUUGUAGAGCGAAGUUUAUCAGAUAAUAAAAAUACAUUGACUUCAGAGCGAGUAAAAUUAAGCAAUGAAACAUUAAUGGCUUUGAGAAUAUCAAAGGAAUACGCAAGAAGUUGCAAAGGAGCAUAUAAUGUUGAUGUACUCUCUAAAGAGGUUGUUCAAGCAGUGCAAAAUGCUCACAGAAUAUAUAAAAAAAGAAAAGCAGAGGAAGAAGAAGAAAUAAGAAUAAAUGAUAUUCAUAAGCUAGAAAUUAUUGAUAAAGAAAAACAACACAAAGAAAUGCUUGAAAAAGUUGAAAAAAACAACAAAAAUCUAGUUCAAAAGGAAAAAAAUCUUGAAAAUGAUGAGAAAAAUGCAGAUCUAGAGUUUCAACUGGCUCAGAGAAUGCUAGAUGAAGCGACCAAGUCUAUGCAAAGUGCCAUCAAUAAAGAAGACAUGAUAGUCAUCUUGAUUUGAAUAAAAUGAGUUCCAAAAGCAGAAAGAGAGCACAAUUGGCUCAGCAAUAUGCUCGUAGAAAGACUUAUAAAUUUGAACAGUUUAUAAAUAUCCCAUAUAUUGGUACUGAAGGUGAAAAAGUUGAGGCUUUUGAUAACAUAAAGAAAAUACCAUCUGUAAGCAAACUUUUGUAUCCCCAUUCCUAU